UGCCCCUGGGGUGCAGUCCAAUGGGGGGAUGAAUUGAAGAUGCACGCUCCGUAUCGGCAAGUGAUGAAGUUUGCGCCCGGUUUGAGCAAUCCAUCACCUUGUAUACAUUCUACAUCGGUCAGCUCUUCAUCCUGUGUUUCCACCAUGAACUCUUUAGAUGGUCUCACAGCUUAUAUGGGGAGUUCUCACACCUCCCCAAGGCCCACUGCAACAAAUAUAAACUCUGAAUGUUCUCCUGCGAUUAAUAUUGGUGCUCCUUACCGAGUGAUCACAUCAACAGUGGGACCUCAUUCUCUAUCUUCUCAGUCCAUCCUAGACUUCUCUGGACAUGAAAGACCACAGCUCGGUCUUAUGAAUAACGUCAACUGCUCAGAAGACAUAAAACCUCCACCCGGUUUGAGUGGGUUGGCGAGUCCUUGUGUUAAUAGUUAUUCCUGCAACAGUCCUUCAGCUUUGAGCAAACACAUCUGUGCCAUCUGUGGGGACAGAUCUUCAGGCAAACAUUACGGCGUAUACAGCUGUGAAGGUUGUAAAGGAUUUUUUAAACGAACCAUAAGAAAGGACUUGGUCUACACUUGUCGAGACAACAAGGAUUGCUUAAUUGACAAACGCCAGCGCAAUAGAUGCCAGUACUGUCGUUAUCAGAAGUGUUUGGCCACGGGCAUGAAAAGGGAAGCGGUGCAAGAAGAGAGACAAAGAAGUCGAGACAAGAGUGACACGGAAGCCGAAUUGACAUGCAGUUCAAGUGAGGAAAUGGCGGUGGAGAGAAUACUAGACGCUGAACUUGCUGUGGAACCUAAACUCGAGGCAUUUGGAGAUGGCAGUUUGCCCAAUUCUACAAGUGACCCAGUUACUAAUAUAUGCCAUGCAGCUGACAAGCAACUGUUCACCUUGGUUGAAUGGGCAAAAAGAAUACCGCAUUUUUCUGACUUACCUUUAGAAGAUCAAGUGAUUCUAUUGCGAGCAGGUUGGAACGAGUUGCUGAUUGCAUCCUUUUCUCACCGCUCUGUGUCUGUUCAGGAUGGUAUUCUCCUUGCAACAGGGCUUCACGUCCAUAGAAGCAGUGCACACAAUGCUGGUGUAGGCUCCAUCUUUGACAGGGUGCUGACUGAACUGGUCUCUAAAAUGAAAGACAUGGAAAUGGAUAAAUCAGAGCUGGGAUGCCUGCGAGCAAUUGUUUUAUUCAAUCCAGAUGCAAAAGGACUAUCUAAUUCUGCCGAGGUGGAGGUGUUGCGUGAAAAGGUAUAUGCAGCUCUAGAAUCCUACACCAAACAGAAAUAUCCCGACCAACCUGGAAGGUUUGCAAAGCUUCUCCUACGACUUCCAGCAUUGAGAUCUAUUGGACUUAAAUGCCUGGAGCACCUCUUCUUCUUCAAACUCAUUGGUGAUACCCCCAUAGACACAUUCUUAAUGGAAAUGCUGGAGACACCCCACCAAAUCCCUUGAUAUCUUAUUUGUGAAAACCCAUCAAGAUACUUUGUAUACAUAGCCCUGUGGUGUCCUCUUAUGGUUCAGAAACUUGGAGAACGCUAUUGAUCUAAACACUGGAAAACAGAUGUGGACUUGAUAGUAACACCUUCUUCACCUCUAUUAACAUGAAUGAAAGUUAUAUACAGCACAAACAAAAUGUAAAUUAUGUGUGUUUCUAUUUUAUAAUCUGCGCCAUUUUCACUUGAAAAUUUAUUUGUAGAUAAAAAGAGAUACAUAUGGAGCUGGAUGAGUCUUGAAAUGUCCAUAUGUAGAAAGAAUGUCCAUAUAACAUAAGCCAUUACUAAGUAGUUUGUUUAAAGGGGCUGCUAGGCACCAUAACCAUAACAAUCGAAUUUCUGCAGUGUUUGGCACUUACUUGAGUCCACC